AGAGCAGCUAAGAAUGGAAAUAUGAAAGCGUUGAAUACCAUAGGAUUGUGUUACCAAAAAGGUCAAGGGACAGAUACUAAUUUGAUUGAAGGAUUUAAAUCAUUUGAAAAUGCGGCAUUAUGGGGACUAACUACUUCUCAAUAUGAACUUGGAAAUUGUUUCGAAUACGGGAUAGGGACACAAAUAAAUUUGGGAAAAGCAUUAUAUUGGUAUCAAAAAGCUGCAACA